GCCCUCAUAGACGCGGGGGCGGACAUCGACGCCGUGCAGCUCGCUGACCGCACGCCGGCGAUGUUUGCUGCAGAGGACAGCAACGCGGCGGCGCUGCGCCUGCUCAUUGCCGAGGGGGCAAACAUGACUCGGCAGUCCACGUACGGGACUCCCCUGCACCAUGGCGCCAUGGUUCCCAACAACGUCGUCAUCCUCAAAAUUGUUCUUGAGGCCGGGGCUGGCAUUGACGUCAAGAAUCAAUUAGGAACCACCGCCCUGAACGAAGCUGCAUAUUUUGGAAACCUCAUCAACGUGCUGUUUCUCGUGAAGCAG